GCUGCAGACAUUUAUUCAUUCGGAAUGGUUAUGUGCGAAGUAUUUUCUGGCGCUUCUCCUUUUAGCAAUAUUGAUUGUAAAAAUGAGGAAGAAGGCAAAAUCCUUGAAAUUGAAAUCUGUAACGGGAAGCGACUAGAAAUUCAAGAUCUGCCCCCUUUAAUAGCUGAAUUGAUAAAAAAAUGUUGGGAUGCCGAUCUAACAAGACGACCAUCCGCAAAAAACUUGUGUAAAACUUUAAAUACUUGA